UUUUUUUAUAAUGAUUAAGAAAAUUGUUUCAAUAAUUGGAAAAUUGACUGUUUAAUAAAGUUGUUGAAUUGGAUCCAACGGACUGAGUUGUGGUUGUGCCUAAUGAACCGAUCUAUUUCAAAUUGAGGUUAUAAAGUAUUUUUUUAAAUAGCCAUAUAAGAUAUAUUUAAAUGACGGAGGAAGAAAAACUAGUAAUGGGGCCCAAACCGGGCGUAAAUUACCCUUUAGAAGUGAUUUAUUGUGGCAAUUGUAGUAUGCCAUUAGAGUAUUGUGAAUAUUAUCCUGAAUACGAAAAAUGUAAAGCAUGGUUAGAAAAAAACUUACCAUCAGAAUUUGAGAAGCUCAAAGUGAAUGACACCACUUCGGAAGGUGCAGGAGAUGAAGAGAAAAAACGUCAGAAACGCGGUGGAAAAGGCAUAAUGAAGACCAAGAAAAAAGAGGAAGGCCCUAAACAAGUUUGUAUUUCCAGGGCCCCAAGAGGAAAGAAGAAAUCAGUUACUGUAGUAACUGGGUUAAGUAGUUUUGGAAUUGAUUUAAAAGUAGCAGCCAAAUUUUUUGGUCAGAAAUUUGCAUGUGGGUCUUCUGUGACAGGGGAUGAUGAAAUUGUGAUUCAAGGGGAUGUGAAGGAUGAUUUAUUUGAUAUAAUUCCUGAGAAAUGGCCAGAGAUUGAUGAUGAUUUAAUUGAGGACUUGGGGGAUCAAAAACGAUGAAACAAAUGUCACUGCUCAAAUUAUAUAAGUCUUUCAGUCUUGGUCAUAUAUAAUUUUGAAUGCAAACAAGUUAUAAUUAUGUAUGAUACAAAAGAACAACUAAAUUGUGCUUUACAACAAAUCAUAAUUAUCUUGUUUUUAUUAUAAUUAGAAACUAUAUUAAUAAAAUUUAAAAGAUGA